UAUGUUUAAAAUGUUAUAGCUUUGCCAAAUUUCUCAAAUAAGCAAACAUACAGAGCCUGUGAACAGUAGGAUUAUAGGUGCACAUUCCAUGAUAGAUAUCACUCCAGACGUCUGAUUGUUUUCUAAAUAACAAUGAAUUAACAAUGUCGCGUGCAUUUCCCGUAUUUGACACUAGGUGGCAGGAUUGAGCUCCGUCUUAUUUCGAUGAGGAACAAACAAAUCAGCUUGAAAAGAGGAAUUUUUUGCAACACGGACCUUUUAUUGUGUUGCACCGGAUUUUUCUUUCAACGUCUCAAAUUAAUAUCCACCAAUCGCGUCGCAGAUCGUCAGUCACUGUAGCCAAUCGGAGAACAGGGGCGGGAUUUGUGCGAACUACCAGAAAGCGGUUGCUGUGGAGACGCGGCGAGUUUUAAAAAAUAUACCCAGCUAUGAGACCACACUGGUGUCCUUAAACGAUGUUCAGCGCCCCUUCACACCUCAGCAUGCUUCAUUCCCAGAGUGUCCAGCUCUUGUGUCUGACAGCGUCCAGUGGCGUUCCGCUCUUCUCCCGCGGCUCCGCCAAGCCACUGCCCUUCUCCAUUAUUGGUUCCCUGAAUGGCGUACACAUGUUCGGGAUGGGUCACGAUGCCUCUCUGUCCUGCUGUGAGACUGACAGAGGUGGACGUGUGCUCUGGAGAGUCUUCCACGACAGCCUGAUGCUCAUCGGAGCCAGCAGUAAUGCCGAAGUUAGCGAGCUACACUUGCGCCGCUUGCUGGAGAACGCCUGGAACUGCAUGGUGCUCGUGCUGGGCCUGGACGAGCUGGCUAACGUGCGGAAUGUAGAGAGGCUCAAGAGAGAACUGCGAUCUUGCUAUCGGUUGAUCGACAUGCUGCUUGAACGUGGCGUGGACGACCUAGAUUGUGAUGGUGAUCAGGGCCUCAUGGGAGAUCUGACGCACUGCACAGACUGCAUCCUGCUUCCCCAACCUGACCUCCUACAGGAGACACUGGAAUCCUUCACCAGGGCUGCUGAGAGCGAGUUUGGCUGUUUGCUUGUCCGCGGGCGACUCGCAGUCGCCACCGAGAAAUGGUGGCGCCUCGCUCCGCAAGAGCUCAUCCUUCUUUCUGCCAUCGCAAAUUUGCCCCCGGGGAAAACAUCAUGUGAUUAUCCAGUUUUUUUACCCCAAGGUAGCCCUAAUGUCGCACUCAGGCUGAUGUGCUUCCAGCUGCUCCCUGGUGCCAUCGCUUGUGUCCUGUGUGGCCCCAAACCGUCUCUGCACCAAGUCGAGAACGAGCAGGUUUGCUGUUUCUGGUCUCCCGUUGUGGACAACCUGCGAUCCUCCCUGGACCAAGUCGAACGCUCGCCCCUGUAUCCCUCCAUUACCUUCAACCGAGACGUCCUGUGUCUUCUUCUAAUAAACAGAGAUUCGCGCAAAUCGGUGGCAUCUCUCGGCCCCACCUGCUCGAAAUCCCCGCCCCCUCUUUCACCAGCUCGCCGCUGGGAGAUCCUGAGGCUCUUUUACACUUUCGCGGUGACGCGCUAUUUCACCUCGGAGGAGACUCCAAACUCAUGGUGUCCACCUUCAGAUCCGCUCCACGAGGAGUUUUCCUCAGGGUUCACACACCUGCCCGUGCACUGCUACCUCCUGACUGAUGAGUGUAAAUGCUACGCUGUGCAGACGCCUCAGCACCAGCUCUUCCUCCUCACUGACCUCUCCGUGCCCACGUUUGCUUUACGAUCCGUCGCCACGCACACACUGGAUGUCAUCACCACGGCGACGGGCUUUUAGGUUGCCAUGCGUUGUAGAAAUAAUCACUCUUUAUUAUACUUUUUUUUGAAUGGUUUGUUAAGGUGAGAUGCACACAAAGUUUAAGAAGCGUUGCCAUUUGUUAAAAAAAAUGUGAAUUUCCCUGUACAAAAUACAUUCCCAGGAUAGGAUCUGGCAACCCUGACCAGGAGAAAUUGCGUACCUACUGAAGAGAAUGAAUGACUACAAAGAGUAAUACUACAGAAGUCCUAAAAGUCCAUGCAUUAGUAAAUUAUUAGAAAAUUAAUUUGUGAUCACAAGAAAAUACAAAUAUAUUAUAAUAAAUGGCCUCUUUGGACUUCCGUAUGUUACGAAGUUUCAUGGCUACAUACAAAACAGGUUGUCGUUUCCACUCAAAAAACUGCUGUUCACCUGAUGCUUUUUGUUUUCUGCGGCAUUCUGCAUAAACAGUGUAUACGUUUUUGUGUAAAAAUCUCACUGGACUAUUUCUGCAAUACUCAGUCACAUCAUUUCUUUUUCCACAUUUUGAUACUUUCACUAAAACUCCUGACCUCUCUUUUUGUUUUUUUGCUGACCCUGCAGGGGUCCAGAAGUGCUGUUGUAAAAUAAAUAAACACCAAUGAAUAAAUUAGAA